AUGUCUGAAGAAAUAGAAAAACCCAAUUAUCGUACUCGCAAAAGCAGAAACACUGUGUUUUCCAAUCUAGGCAAUGAACAUAUGUCAGAUGAUUCUCCUGGAACAGACGAUUCAGAUGAGGAUGAUAACAAACAAGACCAAUACGUAAAUGAGCCAGUGUAUAAAAAGCCAAAGACAAAGAGUAGUUCAAAAAGCACGUCCAAAAAUGACCAAACUGAAGUAACUGCGCAUAAAUUAGCUGAAAAAGAUGAGGAUUUCUUAUUAGAAGGUAAUAAAGAUGUACCAGCAGAUUUUGUACCAGAUGUGGUUUCAGAGGUUUUUAAAAAUAACGAUUUUUCAUAUUUAAAGUUAAGACCAGAUCAUGAAACCAGGCCACUAUGGAUUUCGCCCGGAGAUGGACGUAUUAUAUUGGAAAGUUUUUCUCCCUUAGCAGAGCAAGCUCAAGAUUUUCUUGUUACAAUUGCUGAACCUGUCAGUAGACCCUCGCAUAUUCACGAAUACAGAAUUACUGCGUAUUCCUUGUAUGCAGCAGUUUCUGUUGGAUUAGAGACUGACGAUAUUAUUUCUGUUUUGGAUAGAUUGUCUAAGAUUCCUGUAGCAUCAUCAAUCAUUAACUUUAUCAAAAGUGCCACUAUUUCUUAUGGUAAAGUGAAGUUAGUUAUUAAGCACAACAAGUAUUUUGUGGAAAGUACCCAAGCUGAUAUUCUUCAAAUGCUUUUAAGAGACCCCAUUAUUGGUAAGCUGAGGAUAGACACUACGAAUCCGGUUGCUGGCGAAACUCCUGUAGCAACAACAAUAGAAAAGGAGGCAAAAGCCAAGAAUAUUGAUCCAAAUGAUGUUUCUGCUGUGUUCAGUUCCGUAGUUGGUGAAAAGACAUUGUUGGAAGAAGAGAAUGAUGAUGAUAUUGAUGCUGUACAUUCAUUUGAAAUUGCAAAUGACUCUGUUGAAAUUGUGAAAAAAAGAUGUCAAGAAAUCGAUUAUCCUGUGUUAGAAGAAUAUGACUUUAGAAAUGAUCAUAGAAAUCCUGAUUUAAACAUUGAUUUAAAACCUUCGACACAAAUCAGACCAUACCAGGAAAAAUCAUUGAGUAAGAUGUUUGGUAAUGGCCGUGCAAGAAGUGGGAUUAUUGUGUUGCCAUGUGGUGCUGGGAAGACUUUGGUGGGAAUUACCGCUGCUUGUACCAUUAAAAAGUCUGUAGUGGUGUUAUGCACUUCUUCUGUCUCUGUUAUGCAGUGGAGACAGCAAUUUCUUCAGUGGUGUACUUUGCAGCCAGAAAACUGUGCCGUUUUCACAUCAGACAACAAAGAAAUGUUUCAAGGGGGGUCUGGGUUGGUGGUGUCUACAUAUUCCAUGGUGGCAAACACCAGAAAUAGAUCUUACGAUUCCCAAAAAGUGAUGGAUUUUUUGACGGGGAGAGAAUGGGGGUUUAUAUUAUUGGAUGAAGUCCACGUUGUACCUGCUGCAAUGUUUAGAAGAGUUGUCAGUCAUAUUGCUGCACAUGCCAAGUUGGGAUUAACUGCAACAUUAGUCCGUGAAGAUGAUAAAAUUAGUGAUUUGAAUUUUUUAAUUGGGCCCAAAUUGUACGAGGCAAAUUGGAUGGAAUUAUCUCAAAAGGGCCACAUAGCAAACGUUCAAUGUGCUGAAGUUUGGUGCCCGAUGACUGCAGAAUUUUACCAUGAGUAUCUAAGAGAAAAUGCCAGAAAAAGAAUGCUAUUGUACAUUAUGAAUCCAACCAAAUUUCAAGCCUGCCAGUUUUUGAUUCAAUAUCAUGAAAAAAGAGGGGACAAGAUUAUUGUGUUUUCCGAUAAUGUUUAUGCUUUGCAAGAGUAUGCUUUGAAACUAGGAAAACCUUUUAUCUACGGUUCCACUCCCCAACAGGAAAGAAUGAAUAUUUUGCAAAAUUUCCAAUACAAUGAUAAAAUUAAUACAAUAUUUUUGUCAAAAGUGGGGGAUACCUCAAUUGAUUUACCUGAAGCCACUUGUUUAAUUCAGAUUUCUUCACAUUAUGGUUCUCGUAGACAAGAGGCACAAAGACUAGGAAGAAUUCUAAGAGCAAAAAGACGUAAUGAUGAGGGGUUUAAUGCUUUUUUUUACUCACUAGUUUCUAAGGACACACAAGAAAUGUAUUAUUCAACAAAGAGACAAGCAUUUUUGGUUGAUCAAGGUUAUGCUUUUAAAGUUAUUACACAUUUGCAUGGGAUGGAAAACUUGUCUAACCUAGCAUAUUCUACUGCAAGAGAGAGACGUGAAUUAUUACAAGAGGUUUUGUUGAAGAAUGAAGAAGUAGCUGGUAUUGAAUUAGGGGAGGACUCUGAAAAUACUGUAGGUAAUGGUGUUAAUAGAAGGUUGAAAAGAGCUGGAUUUGUGGGUUCUUCUAAAGCUGUUAAAGGGGAAGGUUCGUUGGCUGGGUUGGCAGGUGGUGAAGAUAUGGCAUAUAUGGAGUAUAGUUCUAACAAGAAUAAAGAUUUAAGAGACCAUCACCCAUUAAUACGUAGAAUGUAUUAUAAAAAUGUUAAAAAGUGA